CUUUUCUCACACAACUCGCUAAUGGACUCUGCAUCCAGUCUUCUCCUAAAACCCAUUUUCUUGCAUUUGUUGUCUGCUUCUCUCCACCUAGUUUUGUUAGUAGCGUUCUUCGUUUCAUGGGUGUGGAAUAAAAUUGUUGUGGGUGCUAGAGAUGGUUCCAAGGAGAAACUCAGGGGUACUCUAUAUCCAAGGGCUCUGUUUUGUUCUUUGGGUGCUUCUGCAUUUAAUCUUGUCAUGUGUCUACUGUGUUACUUCUAUUGGUAUAGAAAUGGUUGGUCUGAUGAAAAGUUCGUGACCCUGUUGGAUUUGGCGCUUAAAACAGUUGCUUGGGGUGUUGUUUUUGCUUACUUGCGUACAGGAUUCUUCAAUUCAGGUGAAAGGAAAUUUCCGUUCUUCUUCAGAACUUGGUGCGCUUUCUACCUCCUUAUUUCUUGUUAUAGCUUUAUACUGGACGUUAUUCUCCAACUUAAACACGUCUUGCUGCCGCUUCAAUACUCAAUUUCUGAUGCUGUCUCCUCCUUUGUGAGUAUAUUCUUCUGUUACGUGGUGUUUUAUGUGAAAAAUGAGAGUGAAGAUAACACUCUUCAGGAGCCUCUUUUGCUUAACAAUGCUGAUUUAAGUAAUGCGUUAGAGUCAAAUAAGACCAAGGGGGAGGAAACUGUUACUCCCUACUCAAAUGCUGGCCUUUUCAGCAUUCUUACGUUCUCCUGGGUGGGUCCUCUGAUUGCUACGGGCAAGCAGAAAACUUUAGAUCUUGAGGAUGUGCCGCAACUAGCUGGUUGUGACAGUGUAGCUGGAGCUUUUCCACCUUUUAGAAAUAAACUUGAGGCUGACUGUGAUACAAUAAAUGGAGUGACCACACUUAAGUUGGUGAAGUCAUUAAUAUUCUCAGCUUGGAAAGAGAUUUUUGCAACAGCCAUUCUUGCACUUUUAAACACUUUGGCUUCUUACGUUGGUCCAUAUCUUAUUGACACUUUUGUUCAGUACCUCAAUGGUAAACAAACAUUUAAGAAUGAGGGAUAUGUUUUGGUGGCUACAUUUUUUGUUGCGAAGAUUAUAGAAUGUCUAUCACAAAGGCACUGGUUCUUUAUAUUGCAACAAAUUGGAAUUAGGAUCCGAGCACAGCUGGUGACAGUGAUUUAUAGUAAAAGCUUGACCCUUUCCUGUCAAGCCAAGCAGAGUCACACUACUGGAGAAAUAAUCAAUUUUAUGACUGUUGAUGCUGAGAGAGUCGGUGAUUUCAGUUGGUACAUUCAUGAUCUGUGGAUGGUAUUUUUGCAAGUAGCGUUGGCCUUGUUUAUUUUGUACAAGAAUCUUGGGAUGGCUUCAAUUGCCGCAUUGAUUGCUACUGUUAUUAUAAUGUUGGCAAAUAUUCCCUUGGGCUCACUGCAGGAAAAGUUUCAAGACAAGUUAAUGGAGUCAAAGGAUAGACGAAUGAAGGCCACAUCUGAGAUUUUAAGGAACAUGAGAAUUCUCAAACUACAGGGAUGGGAAAUGAAGUUUUUGUCUAAGGUUAUUGAACUAAGGAAGAUAGAAGAAGGUUGGCUAAGGAAAUUUUUUUACACAUCAGCCAUCACCACCUUUGUGUUCUGGGGUGCACCAACAUUUGUAUCUGUGGCUACCUUUGGUUCUUGUGCACUUCUGGGGAUCCCACUUGAAUCGGGGAAAAUCUUAUCUGCACUUGCAACAUUUCGAAUUCUUCAAGAGCCCAUUUAUAACCUUCCAGACACAAUUUCAAUGAUAGCACAAACUAAAGUAUCUUUAGAUAGGAUUGCAUCAUUCCUUCGACUUGAUGAUUUACAGUCUGAUGUUAUAGAUAAGCUUCCAAAGGGUAGUUCUAAUACAGCAAUUGAAGUAGUUAAUGGCAAUUUCUCGUGGGAUUUAUCUUCCUCUAAUACAACAUUGAAAGGUAUAAAUCUCACGGUCAUGCAGGGCAUGAGGGUUGCUGUCUGUGGUACUGUUGGCUCAGGCAAGUCCAGUCUACUAUCAUGUAUUUUGGGAGAAGUGCCAAAAAUAUCAGGAACAAUAAGGGUGUGUGGAACUAAGGCCUUUGUUUCUCAGUCUCCAUGGAUUCAAAGUGGCAAGAUUGAAGAGAAUAUAUUAUUUGGUAAGGAGAUGGAUAGAGAAAGGUAUGAGAAGGUCCUUCAAGCAUGUUCCCUAAAGAAGGACCUAGAGAUUCUGCCAUUUGGUGAUCAGACAAUUAUUGGAGAGAGGGGAAUCAAUUUGAGUGGUGGACAAAAACAGAGAAUUCAGAUUGCACGAGCUCUCUACCAAGAUGCUGAUAUAUAUCUAUUUGAUGAUCCUUUUAGUGCUGUGGAUGCUCAUACAGGAUCGCACCUUUUUAAGGAAUGCUUACUAGGUUUUUUAAGUUCCAAGACAGUUAUUUAUAUCACUCAUCAAGUAGAGUUCUUACCUGCUGCCAACCUUAUUUUGGUCAUGAAAGAUGGGGAAAUUACUCAGUGUGGAAAGUAUAAUGAUUUGCUCAACUUAGGGACUGACUUUAUGGAGCUUGUUGGGGCACAUAAAAAAGCGUUAUCUGCACUUAAUUCAUUGGAUGGGGGGGAAGAGUCUGAUAAAGUAAGUAUAGCUGAUCAAGAGAUAAAUAUCUCUGGUGUACAAGUUACAGAGGAAAAAGAGACAAACAGUGAUAGGCAGAGUGAUAAAACAGAUAAUGUAGUUGAACCAAAAGGCCAGCUUAUUCAAGAGGAAGAAAGGGAGAAAGGUAAAGUUGGGCUUUCUGUCUACUGGAAAUAUAUUACUACAGCAUAUGGAGGAGCUCUUGUACCAAUUAUAUUGUUGGCACAAAUUCUAUUUCAAGUUCUUCAAAUUGGAAGCAACUAUUGGAUGGCUUGGGCAACUCCCGUCUCUUCAGAUCUGAAACCACCUGUUGGAACCUUUAUGCUUAUAGUUGUCUAUGUUGCUAUGGCCAUAGGAAGUGCUUUUUGUAUCCUUGUUAGAGCAAUUUUUCUAUUCACAGCUGGUUACAAGACUGCAACUCUGCUCUUCAAUAAAAUGCACUUGUGCAUCUUCCGUGCACCUAUGCCAUUUUUUGAUGCCACUCCAAGUGGAAGGAUUAUUAACAGAGCCUCUACAGAUCAAAGUGCAGUUGAUUUAAACAUUCCCUAUCAAAUUGGGUCAUUUGCCUUCUCCAUGAUCCAACUUUUUGGAAUAAUAGCAGUGAUGUCUCAGGCUGCAUGGCAGGUUUUCAUCAUCUUUAUACCUGUGAUAUCAAUCAGCAUUUGGUAUCAGCAAUAUUAUCUACCUUCAGCUCGAGAGCUAUCACGGUUAAUUGGAGUGUGCAAAGCUCCAGUCAUUCAGCACUUUGCUGAAACUAUUUCAGGGACAACAACUAUCAGGAGCUUUGAUCAAGAGUCAAGAUUUAAGGAAACAAAUAUGAAACUGAUGGAUGGGUAUUCUCGGCCAAAAUUUAACAGUGCUGCUGCUAUGGAAUGGCUUUGCUUCCGCUUGGAUAUGUUGUCUUCCAUCACAUUUGUCUUUUCCUUAAUAUUCUUGAUAUUUAUGCCACGGGGAGUCAUAGAUCCAGGUAUUGCUGGUUUGGCUGUUACGUAUGGACUUAAUCUAAACAUGUUACAAGCCUGGGUGAUAUGGAAUCUUUGCAACUUGGAGAAUAAAAUUAUAUCAGUAGAGAGAAUACUUCAGUAUAGUAGCAUUCCAAGUGAGCCCCCUCUUGUGAUAGAAGAAAAUAGACCCAAUCUUUCUUGGCCAAUGCAUGGGGAAGUUGACAUUUGUGAUCUACAGGUUCGCUAUGCUCCACAUCUUCCGCUUGUGUUGCGUGGCAUAACGUGCAAAUUCCCUGGUGGACUGAAAACUGGCAUUGUUGGGAGAACAGGAAGUGGUAAAACAACUCUCAUACAAGCACUUUUUCGAAUCAUUGAGCCAGCUAUUGGGCAAAUUGUGAUUGAUGGCAUCAACAUUUCAUCAAUUGGACUUCAUGAUUUGAGGUCUAGACUUAGCAUUAUUCCUCAAGAUCCAACCAUGUUUGAAGGUACAGUGAGAAGUAACUUAGACCCAUUGGAAGAGUACACAGAUGAGCAAAUUUGGGAGGCUCUAGAUAAGUGUCAACUUGGAGAUGACGUUCGAAAGAAAGAUGGAAAGCUAGACUCUGCAGUUAGUGAAAACGGUGAGAAUUGGAGCAUGGGUCAGAGGCAAUUGGUGUGCCUUGGUAGGGUGCUACUUAAGAGAAGUAAGGUGUUGGUGCUUGAUGAGGCCACCGCGUCGGUUGAUACCGCCACAGAUAACCUAAUUCAGCAAACUCUUCGGCAACAUUUCUCUAACUGUACAGUCAUUACCAUUGCACAUAGAAUAACUUCUGUUCUUGACAGUGAUAUGGUUCUGCUUCUCAAUCAAGGACUGAUUGAGGAGUUUGACUCUCCAACAAGAUUGCUUGAGGACAAAUCAUCUUCUUUUGCUGAGCUUGUUGCUGAGUAUACCAUGAGAUCCAAGUCUUCCUACCAGUAAAUGAGCUUAUCUCUGAUUUUGCUUACUGAAACAAAGAUAACACAGUUUCUUGAUUAUGACGAAAUUGGGGGAAAUCUGUCAAUAACGAUCAUAUGAAGGAGUUAAUAUGAAAUUGGGAUAAUCCAGUCGAACAACGUUAACGCCACUUGCUGUUUUGCUGUUUUGAGUUGCAGAUUUUAAUAGUUGUGAGUAUGAUGUGUUUUUAUAUAUGAGUUAGGAUCUUGUUGAGAACAAUAUACAUGGGGAAAGUUAAGAGAGAAGAUUGUAAAACUAUAAGAUGGUCAUUACUGUCACAUUGAUUUGUUUGGAGUACUGAUAAGAUUAUGUAAUUUGGCCAAGUUAGUGUGGAAUCUCUCCAAUAGUUGAGAUGUUAUGUUAA